GCGGCGGGGCUGAUUCGAAGCGCGGCGGCGGCGGGGGGGCUCUCCAAGGCGACGGAGGGAGGGCGCAGGCAGAGCGGGCGCGGAGGAUGGCGGCGCCUCCCCCCCCUCCGCCUCCGCCUCCCUCCUCGCAGACGGCCGCCGCCGGGUCCCCCUGGCCGGCGGGCGCGCUGGUCUUCGCGGGCUGCCGCGAGCAGGACGUGGCGCUGGCCAAGCUCUUCUGGAACUCGGCCACCCUGCAGCCGCCGCUCGAGUCGCGCCUGGGCGGCCCCCAGCUGCUGGGCGAGCCGAGCGACUCCCGGAGGGGCUCCAACGCCCCGCGCCGCUCCCACUUCGACACCUCCCAGAAAAGCGGUCCUAUUUCUGCUCAGUCCUCAUUAAUCACUAGCAGAGAGAGAAUCCAAGAAACUAUUGAUCAACCUGAAAAGAGUGCUGUGAAAGGACCAUACCUUGAGAAGGCCAAGAGGAGAGAGGAAAUACUGGCUUUACUGAGGAAGCAAAGAGAAGAGAGGAUCAUGGUGAGAUUGGAAAGAGGCCAUUUCUCAGCUGCAUAAACCAAAGACCAAGCCACAGGAAUGCAAGAUAAGGAUACCAGAAUCCGACCUUGAGGAUCGAGAAAGUGUAAAGGCAUUACCUUGAACAAUGGCUUGACAAGAGAAGUCUUUAUCCUUCCCCUUCAGAAAUCAGCAGGAUUCCUUGUCCAACUUUCUCCUUAGAAAGCUAGAGGGUGCUUGGGCAACAGCCAAGGGCUUCUUCAGUUUGGCUGGUGAUUGUUUUUGUCUGUUGUGUCUUAUGAACAUGGUAAGAAGAAAUGUUGCAUGCAAUAUAAACUGGUUUUGAAAUACUA